AUGCUCUCGUGCAUCAACACGGAUACCGUAAUAGUAUUAAAAUGAAUUGACGAAAAAUUGCCCAACCGGAGCCACCCGACCGAACGAGCACUGUUAAUGCUAAAAUCACGACGGUGAGAAAUGAUGUGGCUCUCUGAAAAUCUCCUGAAAACAUCUCAUCGGUCGCCGUUUUUUUCUCUCUCUAAUUCUCUCUCUUCUCCCAAAUGUCUCUGACGACCACCGCCGUGGUUACACUCGUUAAUAGCACAACACUGAGCUCAGAGAAACCCAGGUUUCCAUCUUUCGCCUCCCAUCUAUUAACUACCAAAAGGGCCUCGCGCUUCAGCCGGUAUAAAGCGCACCUAAAGAAAAUCUGUCAUCACCAUCACCUCUCCGGCAUCAAAUUCCGGCUACCCAUUUCGCCUGUCAUGCAAUGGCAAGAUUGCACGGUGAGAAAGGAGGUGGAUGUGCCAGUUUCAGUUGCUUAUAAUUGUUACUCCGAUCGUGAGGCUAUUCCUCAGUGGAUGCCGUUCAUUUCAUCUGUUAAGAUUCUGGAAGAUAGGCCUGAUCUAUCACGUUGGUCACUGAAGUAUGAAGCAUUUGGCCGUGAUAUUGAAUUCUCGUGGCUUGCUCGAAAUAUGCAGCCUAUAAAGAACCAGAAAAUCCACUGGAGAUCUAUGGAGGGUCUUCCUAAUAGGUGGCAGAAAUUUUUCACGAUGGGUUUUAUCUUGGGAGCUGUAAGGUUUUUCCCUAAAGGUGGUUCUGCUUGUACAGUAGAACUCACUGUUUCAUAUGAAGUUCCUCAGCUGCUGGUUCCGGUGGCAUCUGCUCUGCAGCCUUUUCUUGAAAGCUUGCUCGCUCGUGGAUUGGAACGGUUUGCAACGUUUGCUAAAACCUACUCGGCUAAAUCGACCAUGUAAUUAUCACGUGAGCGAGUUUAUUUGUUCAUCCUAAUUCCUUUCACAUGCGACCGAGAAAAAUUGGAAGAAUUUGGUAACCAACAUUUGUACCUUGUAAAGAUGAAUGCUAUAAUAUAUGAAGAGUUUUUUUUUUUUNGGGUACAAAUAAUAUAUGAAGAGUUGUUACAACUUUUCAAAGACUUGCUUUUUC